AUGACUGACGAUGUUAGAAGACGACUUUUCUUAGGCUGUUUGAACCGUGAAUUUGAUGUAGUGCUGGCAGAGACUAGAAAGAUACCUACAAGGGAAAUGGAUUACAAUUUUUUGCAGGUUUAUCUGAGCAGGAGUGUUCAAUGGGGCCAUGUGGACUCUGUGGACUUUAUUUGGCACAAAUAUGUGAUGCGGAACCCUAUAUUGCUCAUAAAGCCUGAAAUUCUGUGUCAGAUGAGCAACCUGUGUCUCUACGCUGACAGAAGAUUCAUUCCCGAACAGAUUUACAGCUAUUUCGACAAGGUGUACAGGGGUCAUAUAGAGGAAGAAGAAUAUCUCAACUGGAAAUUUGAAUUAUUGAGGAGCAAAGUAGAAGCAUUUGCCAGAGGCACCGGCAUGAAGACAGAGUUCAGUGAGAAAUGGAAAGUGUUUCUUGAAGAUAUCGAGAAUGAAUUGCCUAAAAAUGUAGUAUAUCGUAUUAGAGAUUUCCCACAUUUGACAAAAGGUGUUAAGACCAAGAAGGACAGAGAUACAUUGCAGGAUCUGUUGUUUACCGACGAUAGAAGGAUCACUAUCAAGAACUCAAGUACUUUGCCCCUAUUACUUAAUAUUCUACUGUUACAAAGUGAAAUUUAUCUUUCAGAUAAGCUAUCUUUGUUCAUGAAAUUUUUUGAAAGCCACACAUCGCUACUAUUCGAUGACUCAGUUGCCAUAUUGUUAAAACUUUGUCGAGAACAGGGGCAAAAUAGCUACGAAUUUGCCCAAUUAACGAGCUAUAUUAGACAGCAUGGGUCACAACUUUCCACUGCCAAAUUAGCUAACCGGGAAGUACGAUAA